AUGAAUCUCAACCCCACCAAAACGACAUCGUCUGGUUCUCCCGGAGUCCAUCUUUCAUCGAAACGAAAAUCGUUUACCGAAGUCCAUCUGUUUUCCUUCACCGGAUGGUCUCCGUUCCGCCUCCUCCCUCAUCCACACCCACCUCCGCCGAGACUCUUUGGAUUCCGUCGGCCGUUUCUCUCGUCAUCUGCCAGAAUUCCACCUGCAAAGCCAUCCCCGGCAAUGACUGCGACGGAAAAUCCUGUCUUUACCGGCAACCAAACCCUCUCGGCAGAUUCCCCAUCGUGA